CAUGGUUCAAGUUUUAUGAAUGAAGAAAUUUAUGAUUUGAAGAGUUUUAUCUCCGUUUGGACGGACUCAAUUGGAGUUUUAAUUAAUUGGGACGACUGAAUUUUCGGAAGCAAGUGGUGAAAAAAAAACAGUUUAAACAAGGAAACCUUGCACACAUGGCAUGGAUUAUGGACGUCCCAUAAGAGAUAUCCCUUCAAGUUAGUUGAAGAGAAGUCACUGGCUGCUACCUCCUGCAUAGCAAAAAUAUCAAGUGAUAGAAUUUAAUUAAUGGAGUCUCUUGAAGCAUCUUCUCUCAUUUCAUUUUGUUUCCUCUUGCUCAUUUUCCUCCUCCUCCGCCGCCCCAGGCGGAGCGGGAGCGGCUGUGGCCUCCCCCCUGGCCCUCGGCCGCUCCCUGUGCUCGGGAACAUCCUCGACCUUGGCACCAAACCCCACCGAACCCUGGCUGAACACGCCAGGAAACACGGCCCUGUAAUGACCCUGAAGCUCGGGACCGUAACCGUGGUGGUGGUCUCCUCCCACGAAGCAGCGAGAGAGGUCCUCCAGAAGAACGACCACGUCAUGGCUAGCAGAACAAUCCCGGACGUAGUCCGGGCAAGGGACCAUUACAAGCACUCCCUGGUGUGGUUGCCCAACUCGGCCAAGUGGAAGGGCUUCAGGAGAGCAUGCUCAAUGCAAUUGUUCUCCCGGCAGAAGCUUGACGUUACCGAAAUGCUUCGCCAGAGAAAGGUCGAUGAGCUAUUAGACUACCUCCAUGAGAACUCGGUCAGGGGCAAGGCAGUCACGGUCGGCCAGGCUGUGUUCACGACGGUUCUUAAUCUAAUAUCGAACACACUCUUCUCUAUUGACCUGACGCAUCACAAAGAAAACUCCGUUGUGGAGUUCAAAGAGCUUAUAUGGGGCAUGAUGAAAGAAGGAGGGAGCCCGAACAUAUCGGACUUCUUCCCAGCCCUUCGGUGGAUCGACCCACAAGGAGCCCGCCGGAGGAUGGAUGCCCACUUCAGUCAGCUAUUCGCAGUUUUUGACCGCAUUGUCGAAGAAAGGACACUGAAGAGAGCAUCGACAGAUGGGUCGCCUCGGAGUGACGAUAUGUUAGAAUCUCUCCUUGAUCUCAGAGAUAGCUCCGAAUUGAACCGAGAGGACAUCAACAGCAUACUUGCCGUGAGUAUUUACGAUCUAGUCGUUGCUGGCGUUGACACAACCCAUACUACUGUUGAAUGGGCCAUGGUAGAGCUGCUGAGGCACGCGGAAAAGAUGGCAAAAGCCCGUGCGGAGAUCGAACAGGUCCUCGGCAAGGACACGAAGGUACAGGAAUCGGACAUCCCGAGGCUCCCUUACCUACGGGCAGUCGUCAAAGAAACCUUCAGGCUGUACUCGCCGUUCCUGCUCCCACACAGAGCAGAAACAGAAGUGGACCUCUGCGGGUUCAAGAUACCCAAGGACACGCAGAUCAUGGUCAACCUGUGGGCCAUGGGCAGGGACGAGAGCGUGUGGCAGGACCCUGACCGCUUCGAGCCUGAACGGUUCUUGGAGCUCAAGAUCGACAUCAAGGGGACAGAUUUUGAGCUGAUUCCGUUCGGGGCCGGGAGGAGGAUGUGCCCUGGGAUGCCUUUGGGUUAUAGAAUGGUGCAUUUGAUAUUGGGCUCUUUGAUCCGCUCCUUUGACUGGAAGCUUGCGAAUGGGGAAGCAACUGAGACAAUGGACAUGAAUGAGAAGAAUGGGAUCACAAUUCAGAAGGCUAAGCCCCUCUGCGCCGUACCGAUCCAACUGCGACGUUAAUUUCUAUCGUACACCGAUAGACAUUUACAUUGAUGAGUGAGCACGCCAUUGCACUGCUAAUAUGCCUUUUAGCGAAAAAGAGUUGUAUUAGUUGUUGGGAUUGUAGGUAUUAUUAUUAAAAGAUUAGUUGUAAUAAUGAUUAAUAAAAUGUACGGGAGAUAAUUUAUUAUAACAUAAAAUAAAAAGAGUAAUAAAUAGUUGAGAGAA